CCCACCAACUACCCGCCCCGAUCUUUAUAAAACUCCGCCUCUCCCUCCAUUACUAUUUCCUGCGCACCGAACCACGCCUUGCAGUUUCGCAGAUCAACCCCUCGGGGAAGCCUUAUUUACCAAAAAGUAACCUUCGCCUUGCUGCCCUUUUACGCCUAGCCCCCUUCAAACUUUCCUCGUCUCGCGCCUGUGCCCUUCGCCGGAGUUUGCCAUAUGAAUGGUCAAACCACGAUGGGGCUCGCCGCCGCCGCAGCCGCAGCCGUGAGGCCGUGCCGCCGCCGCCUCCUCUCGUCCGCCACCGCCGCGGCCGCCGCGACGUCGGCCACAGCGAACCCGCUCUUCCCCAGAUUGCCCCGCCCGCACCACCACACGCACGGCCGGCGCUUCCCCUUCCUCGCCUCCGCGGCGUCGCAGUCGCAGGCCUCGCAGACCGGCCCGGCCGCCCCACCCACCCCUGUCCCCGUCCCGUCCGACCCCCGCGCCGCCGUCGCCGGCAACCUCCCCUUCUUCGACCGCGUCCUCUUCCCGGACUCGUUCCCCCUCGAGACCCCGCCCGCGGAGGAGGACGUAGCCGCGCCCCAGGCCGAUGAGGCGGUGGCACCGGCCGUGCCCGCGAGGGAGGAGACCGAGACGGAGAGGGAGGCGUGGAGGCUGCUGCGGAGGGCGGUCGUCAGCUACUGCGGCGAACCGGUCGGGACGGUGGCGGCGGAGGACCCCGAGUGCACGGAGACGCUCAACUACGACCAGGUCUUCAUCAGGGACUUCGUGCCGUCCGCGCUGGCCUUCCUCAUGCGCGGCGAGACCGAGAUCGUCCGGAACUUCCUCCUCCACACCCUCCAGCUGCAGAGCUGGGAGAAAACUGUUGACUGUUACAGCCCUGGACAAGGGUUGAUGCCAGCUAGCUUCAAGAUUAGGACCGUGCCACUUGAUGAGAACAAUGAAGGAUUUGAGGAGGUCUUGGACCCUGACUUUGGCGAGUCAGCUAUUGGCCGUGUAGCUCCUGUGGAUUCUGGACUCUGGUGGAUUAUAUUGCUGAGAGCUUACUGCAAGAUUACAGGGGACUAUGCUUUGCAAGAAAGAGUUGAUGUGCAAACGGGAAUCAAACUGAUACUGAGUUUAUGUUUGUCUGAUGGGUUUGACAUGUUCCCAACUUUACUGGUUACAGAUGGAUCAUGCAUGAUAGACAGGAGGAUGGGAAUACAUGGGCAUCCUCUUGAAAUCCAAGCUUUGUUCUACUCUGCUUUACGAUGCUCACGAGAAAUGCUUGUUAUGAACGAUGGAUCAAAAAACCUCAUCCGUGCCAUUAACAGCAGGCUCAGUGCGUUAUCUUUUCACAUCAGAGAAUAUUACUGGGUUGACAUGAAGAAGAUAAAUGAGAUAUACAGAUACAAGACAGAAGAAUAUUCCCAUGAUGCAACUAACAAAUUCAACAUUUAUCCUGAGCAAAUCCCUUCCUGGCUUGUUGACUGGAUUCCUGAGAAAGGAGGUUACCUUAUUGGGAAUCUGCAGCCAGCUCACAUGGAUUUUAGGUUCUUCUCUCUUGGCAACCUUUGGGCCAUAGCUUCAUCUCUAACUACUCCAAAACAAGCUGAGGGAAUACUUAGCCUUAUUGAAGAAAAAUGGGACGAUCUUGUAGCAAACAUGCCCCUCAAGAUAUGUUACCCUGCAAUGGAAGAUGAUGAAUGGCGCAUUAUUACUGGCAGUGAUCCUAAGAACACCCCAUGGUCGUAUCAUAAUGGUGGAUCUUGGCCAACCUUGCUGUGGCAGUUUACAUUGGCUUGCAUCAAAAUGGGGAGACCGGAGUUGGCCCGGAGGGCCAUUGCUGUGGCCGAGGAGCGACUCUCAGAUGACAAGUGGCCAGAAUACUAUGACACCCGUUCUGGAAGAUUCACUGGGAAGCAAUCACGAUCUUAUCAGACAUGGACUAUUGCCGGUUUUCUGACCUCGAAGAUGUUACUGGAAAACCCGGAGCUGGCUUCUAUUCUGACCUGCGAUGAGGACCUUGAGCUGCUUGAAGGCUGUGCUUGCUGCCUCUCUAAGAAAAGGACUAGGUGUUCACGCCGUGCAGCCAAGUCACAUGCCGUUGAGUAAAGCAGCGAAUACACAAUGUAUACUACCGAUUGAGAAUUAACCGAGGCGGACACUCUCUACCCAUGUACAUUAGUAUAGGUUUAUGUUAGAUACGAUAUCCAUCCAUUCAUUUCCUCAGUGGCCGCUCAUUAUUUUUUGCUGAGCUGCCAUUGAUGGGAACUACCCUGGGUGAUACCGGUGGUCGAAGAGAGCAAAACCUAUUCACGUUUUUGCUCUCAUGUACACAGAAAAAUGAAAUCUGUUCUUGUGUUCGAUCCGCCCGGUGCUCCUUAUUUGGGAGCGCUGCGAAGCCCUAACCAUUGUAUUCCUUGUCAGUGCUAAAGCUGUAUGUUCGUAUCAUUCGCAAACUGCACUGCGACACUAUGUACCCCGUUCUCUUCAUCAACUAUAUGAGCACUAUGAUUAUAACCUUUA